AUGCUUUCUCCCAGAAGACUUACACGCCAGCACAGUGGACUGAAGCUAAGCAGUAGUGUGUGAAUAAAGGCCCAGCGGUUCCCAAAUUGUCUUUAUCUUCGGAAGAAUGGUUAAAUUCGAGGUCUCCGCUCCAGGAAAGGUGAUCCUGCACGGAGAGCAUUCAGUAGUUUAUGGGAAACCAGCAGUGGCAGGAGUGGUGCAAGUCAGGAAUACGCUCAUAUUCGAGGAAAACAAUGCCCAUCUUGUGAUUAUUUCCUUUCCGAAAAUCGGCUUAGAUUCUGUCUCUAUUCCUCUGGAUCUUGUCAACAAAUUUCUGGCCAAUUGUGAAAGAAAGUACAGCGCCUUGAAGCUUCCUGAUGAGCUCAACCAUGAUGUGUUCAUGGGUGAAGUGCGUCAAUUUGUUGAAGAGAAUGUGAAACUGGCCAGAAAAGAGGCUUUGAAUGGGAGAGAACUGGAUUCUCUCUCAGCCUUUGUCUACCUCUUGAUGGGAAUUCUAAUUGAGGGGAAUAUUAAAAGUUUGCAGAAUGGAUUCAGCAUUGAUUUAAAAACAGAGAUGAGCAUUGGGGCUGGUUUGGGAAGUUCUGCGAGCUUUGGAGUUUGUCUAGCGGCAGCAUUUUGUCUUUUGGUCAGGAUUUUGGAAAAGCCGAGCUUCCUGGAGGACUACAAAAAUUUCAGUGAUGAUGAGCAACAUUGUAUAAAGAAGAAGAUCUCUUCUUGGGCCUUUUACUCGGAGAAAAUCAUGCAUGGCAAUCCAUCUGGACUGGAUAAUACAAUCUGUACUUUCGGGAAUGUGGUGAAAUUUUACAAGGGUGUGCCUCCGGUGGACGUGAAACUGACUUGCUCCCUGCCUAUCCUAUUGGUGGACUCCAGAGUUGGACGCAGCACUGCGAAGCUGGUGGAAAAAGUUGCUGACCUGCGAUCCAGACAUCCGAAACUCGUGGACAGCAUUCUUGAGGCUAUGAAACAUCUCGUGGAGGACGCCGUGGAUAUUCUGGAGCACAUAACGCACAUCACGGAUACUGAAAAUUUUCAGAAACUUGAGAAUCUCGUCUCUAUGAACAACAAUUUGUUGAGAUCCCUCGGAGUGUCACAUCCGGCUCUCGAGAAGAUCUUCAUGAUUGCUGAGAAGUAUGGAUUCCACGCGAAGCUUUCUGGAGCCGGUGGAGGCGGAUUUGCAAUGAUUCUCCUGCCGAGUUGGAAUAUUCAUGAGAUGAAAAACUUCCGUCAACUGAAGGAUGACCUGGAGAAGAGUGAUUUUCAGUGGAUUCUCACGGGAUUGGGUGGUGAAGGAUUGACUUUCAAGGAUUUGUAAUAUGUUUCGUACAGUAUUUUUUUACACUGUGGUUACGGUUUUGGUGGUUUUUUUUAAAUAUACGUAAGAACAGUUUGGGAACGGAUUCCGCAUUUCACUGGAAA